AGCCACACAAAUAGUUGAGAGCUAAAUCAAACCGAGCUUUUUUGUUGCAAAAUCAUGAGUCAUGGCAAGCCUAUUCUUAGUUCGGGGGUGUUUGUGUUUGCCAAAGUUGUGUGCACUUAAAGUGAUGCUGCACAAACCGGCUAGGAGGAGAUCAAGAAAUCAGUUUGGAAACAAGCUCGGGGGUUCACUUCAUGAAGCGAAACGUGGGCUCGUCUGUGCGUUGCAGUUGUGUAAAUCUCAGUCAGGGAGCAGAAAGGGCCUCUAUACUUAUACACUUAAUGAACAACUACUAACAUUUCCUCCUGCUUUCUUACAGAGCUGCCAGAGCACCACGCCACCCUCGAGGCAAGGGGGGGCUUUCAGUGUGAGGCCACUGCCUUCCAACAACCACCAACAACACCAUCACCACGAAGCUGGGAAUGGAAAGCGUCAGCAGUGCCAGGCUCGCAGGUGGACACAUGCACCAAAGACCAGUCAGGACCCUGCUGGGGAGAGCAAGCCCGGAGUCGGGUGGUUGGACGCGGCUGCUGUGGGUGUUUCUCUGGCAGUGUCUUAGCUGGUUGUUGUGAGGAGUGAGAAUGAAGCAAUCAGCAAGUAUACUGCCGCAGAAAUUCUUCGCAAUAAGAAGCCCCGGGAUCACAGCUGAGAGGGAGGAAACUGGGAGCUGGCACCGUAAGUUUUCGACCCUCCUAAGAGAAUUAACUGAGGAGAGAUCGGCCGAGCGCAUGGCCCUCCGCAAUAUUUAGAAAACGGAUCAAAGCGUCAAACUUCCACACUGUCUGUUGCACUAUCGUGAUCUUCUGCUGCCAUCUUGUGACUGAAAGCAAACCUCCCGGCAUGCUUUUGAUCAAACGCUGCUGCGCCAAUUUGUGAAACCUUUGCCUUUUUUUUUUUCCUUUUCAUUGAGACAAAACGAAAACGCCCUUUCAUUCAGAAAAUACAGCUUGGCUUACUAUGACUUUUUUUCAGUUGCAAAUGCAUGUUUUUGAUCCCUUAAUUUAAUUUGCUCCACAGAUAUUUCUGGAUGUAACACACAAACAAAAAGAAAGUGGAUAUGAUUAAUUCUUGAUUUAUGUGCCUGAUAUUUUAUUUGUGACAUAUUGCUGCUGUAGAAAAGGAGCAUUAUAAAUAAAGUUAGAUAAAUACUGAUUUAUAUAUUUUCCUUUUUCCUUACUUAACACAAGAAUUUUGUAAUAAUGCAAAAGUGUUGCAGAAAGGCUCUUUGGAUUACAUUUAAAAAAAGAACACUUUUUAUUUAGUGCAUGAUGAGAAUAUUCCUGUGUGACCAAAGACGACCUAAUGUGUGCAGAUGAGUCAGGUGCACAUUAAUUUAGGCUUUCUCACACACACACACACACACACACACACACAAUGUUCUUCUGAUUUUUUCUCUACUCUAUCUCAGAAUCUCUCACCGUUAUUGUUGAUGCACGAUACGAAACAGUGUCUUAAACUGUCUGUCGAUGGUGUGAUUCAGGCGAUAAUGCAGAUGCCAAGUUUGCUGCAGUCUGCAAGGAAAAAAAGACAAAGAAAAAAAAAACCCCACCAAUGUUCUGCUGCACUGCUACAAACACUAAAACAAGGGGGUUGCAGGUUUUUCUGGGCUGCAGUAAUGCAGAAGCAGUAAAAGUCCGGCUCUGACACAAGGUCACCGCUCGGCUCUAAACCGUUUUACAUGACACUUCUUUGGUAAACUGCAAAUCACAAGGCCACCAAAGAAUCAACAGCACUCGGACAGGAGGCAAGCCAGAUGUUAGUUGUUAGCUUCUCCUUUAUUUCUGUGUACGGUCAACUCAUCGCUAAUAGAAAUGUAAUUUCAGGCAAAAUUAUGCUUUUAUUUAAAAAUGAACUUAUUUCCCCAGAAAGCUGAGAUUCCAUCUCUUACUGCAGGAUGGGUUACCGUGAAUUCACUCUUAAAAAAUUUAAUUGGUCCUUUGACUACAUUUAAAUUCACCCAUGAAGGCUUUUAUAUUCAUGAUUGGGUGUUUUAAAUAACUAGUCAUUUAACCCAUGCUUCAGAUUUAAUCACUUUUACACAUUUGCAGCUUUUUCCCUUUUUUGUAUACCUGAGGAUUAAUACAGUGAGGUUUUGGAUACAUAAUUUUAAAUGCUUUUUUUUUUUUUACCUUGCAAAGAAGAAUGAAGUGAAACCAUGAAAAUAUUUGUUAGAUGCAAUCUAUGUCCUGUAGUUUACAACAUCAAAUAAUUUAAAUAAAAACAUUUCAAUGUUUCAGUUUUCUGCUGCCCAUCAUGUUCACAGCUGAUGUACUUUUAAGUUAUGUUUUGUUUCGCUUUUAUUUAUUCAGUUCCUCUGUGCUCUUUGAUGACACUUCUGCUUUGGUGCUACCACCUAUUCAUGUGUUUUGAUUGCCUACUUUGCAACACUGCACUUUCUGAAGCCAAAAUUCAGUCACUUUUUUAUCAACUUCUACAUACAUUUAUAUAAAAAUGAAUGCGUCUUGUUAUUCAAUGCACUUGCGCCAGCUUAUAUUUAUGUGAAGUGUAUCUUUUUUUUUUUUUUUUUACAUGUACAAAAUAGUUAUUAAAAUAAAACAGACGUCAUUUUCUAACUUGAGCAGCGAAUCCUUUUUUGCGAAACCAUGACAGGAAUGGGGAAGCGGUUUCAUCAUGCUGUCAUGUGCCGUGUGUGGCACUUUGUGUCAAAGCUGGACAGCACAAACUGAGACACUUCCACUCAAAAAUAGACCCUUUGAGUGCCUGCAGGUUACCAGCUGACUUAACUUCUGCUUUGGGUUCGGGUUGGUGAGGGGGCGGCGGGGAAGGAGGGCUUUAAGCUGGGUGAAAAGUUUUGCUUGACUCCCUUAAAAGCAGUAGAAGUUUUGUUUUUUUUUUCAAGUCAUGUGGCUCGACUGGACGGAGUGUUUUUAAACCGUCGCCUGGCCUUAAGGGAAAAUAAUGUGGAGAGCCUCUGGGAACAUCCAGAAUAAAACCAGUGCGCUCGGCCGGGAAAAGAAAGGUGUUUACAAACAAACAGAGACUGCGGUGUCCGCGAGACGACUGCAGCUCGUGCCUGAUCGCGCUACACGAUGGCAAACGCGACUCAGACUCAGACCGAGGUGUAUCUGUUCGAGCAGGUGAUCGUGCUGUUCUCGUGCGCGCUAUCUUUCCUGGGCUCCUCUCUGAUUAUCCUCACCUACAUUAUUUGGUCGGAUUUGAGGACAACUCCGAGGAAACUGCUGGUUUACCUCUCGGUGUCUGACUGGCUCUCCGCCGUCUCCUACGCCUUCGGAGUGUGGAGCGUCUUCCGCACAAACUCGGCGGAGUGCGUUGCUCAGGGAGCGAUUUCCACUUUCGCCAACACCAGCUCCUUCUUCUGGACCGUGGCCAUCGCCGUUUACCUGUACGUGUUCAUCGUGAGGACCAACCAAAGAGUCGCUGACAGCCUCGUGUUGGUGUUCCACCUCGUCAGGUAUGCCUUUACUGGUGUGGUGUUUGAGAUUAUUGUUGUGAAAAACGAAGCUGUGCAUGCAGCCCUCUCUGAGUACCGUCCCAUCUUGGCCAACAGGCCUGCCGCCCACUCCUUCUCCUCCAUGGCUGAUGUGAAGCUCACGCUCAUCCCCAUCAUCUUCAUCGUCCUACGCAUUUGGAGCACGGUGCGCUUUAUCCUGCUGCUAGCCGACUCAAAUGUCAGACAGAACCCAGCGCUGGUCACGCUGCACGGGAUUGGCAACACCUUGCAGGGAGCAGCCAACUGCGUCAUGUUCGUCUUGUUCACUCAGCCGAUCCGCACACGCCUCUGCGCCGCGCUCAGCUCCUGCUCCCAUUGUCGAGCAGAGGCGCGGCGCCCGCACAGGCUGCUACCGGAGCAGGACGCAACUGCCCGGAGAGAAGAAGACAGCACUGAACGAGGCCACGCCGACAGAUGAGACUUUGUUUGGUGCAAUGAGAAGAUGAAGGCAAAGCAAAGAGGCUGACAUGAAGGGAGGAGGAGUUCUCUACUUCACCUCGAGCCCUCAUUACACAAAGUGCUCGUGCGACGGCUUCUGGAGAUUCUGCAGGAGCAUGCACUUCUGCGUCACGUGUCUGCACUGUGGGUGAUGGGGUGUUGCUGCCUGAUUUUAUAUUAUUUACACAUAAGGUGAAGCAUUAUUUGCAUUUAUUGUUCUGUAGGUCACAUGGGUAAAGUGUUUUGUUUUUGUUUUUCUUUGGGUUGGUGUGUGUUGAUGAUUUCACUUCCCUCCUUCCAAAGAAAGUGAAGGAGCUCUGCUUACCAUGUACUGUACUCAGGUUAACACUGUGAAGGAUUUUUGUUGUUGUUUGUUUUUCUAGUAUCCGAGUUUUGUGAAUUUGGGGAGAAACCUUUGUUGGCCCGGUUAUGUUACAAACAACAGAGAAACAGGGAAAGCUUUGUCGCUUUAGGUCACAAUUAUACUGUAAUUUUUUGUGUUUUUCUUUUUUGUAUCAUCAACAAAUGUGUCCAGAAGCUCUAAAUACACUACUCCUGAAGCAAAGACAGGAGCAAUGCAUUUACUCACAUCUAAAGAGCUGUGCAUUAUUCUAACUGUUAGCUUGACUUCUCUUUCACUGGAGAUACUAUAUUGUUACAUUUUUGGGUAGAUUAUCAUCAUUUUCUAUUUAAAGGAAUAAAUACAUGAUCGGCUUUGCUCUAACUGCUGUUCUCCUUUUAUUAAAACUCGUUUACUUAUUUCCCAAGGCAUUGGUUUCAACAUCUUUCAGACACCAGUUUCAUAAGAUUAGCGGCGUCUGUUGUGUCACCAUAAUUAGCAUCAUUACUAUCACCGUGGUCAAAUUUGUGUUGUUUUUUUGCAUGAUCUAUAAUCACAUGUCAUCCUUCCUCUUUCAAACUCAGGCUUCACUCAUGAGCCUCACUUCUCCUUUGAGCUGGUGGCUCUUGUUCGCCUGACUAAAAAUGAAGGCUGAGUGCAUUACUAAUGAUGAGUGGGUGAACCCGGUGCGCUGAUUCUACUUCCCAAAGUUUCGAAAUAUUGGUUUAAAAUUCACAGCGUACUUGCUCCGGCUUUUUUAUUU